ACAGCUGUCAGCAGUGCGAUAUCACCUAUGAUUGACAGCCGUCAGCAGUGAGAUCUGAAGUAACACGCAGAGUUUAAUGAGGUGCUUGUCGUACACGUUUACAGGUCGCACUACCUGACACUGCGGAGCGAUCGCAGACGUGCGCUCACCCCUUCUUUCCUUUUAGAGAAAGCGCGUGUGUACGGAGGAUCAGGAGGAGGUGACAGAAGAAGGAGGCACGGCAGCAUCGUUCAUCAAAGUUUCGCGCAGACGCCGCCGAACCGAGUUUGUUUACCUUCCCCUCGAUUGCGUGUAUGUACGCGACCGGUCACGGGCCCGUCGCUCCAGCCCUCCGCUGCCGUUAAUAGGAAGCCUUUCCUCCGGUUUAUAGGAUGUUGUCCAGUCAGAGCGGAGCGGCGCUGAGUGGAAACAGAUCCACGGCGGGAAAGAGCGGCACGGGGCUCAUCGGCGGCGGGGUUCGGACGGGACUUGUCCGUUCUGCUCCGGUGGGGAUGCUCGGGGGGAACGGAGGCAGACCGGGAAACGCGAGUCUGUUGGGACCCGGUCAGCUCAUGGGUGCAAUGGGGGUCGGGAUCCCCGGGAGAUUUGAGCCGGAUAAAGAAGGACUCGCGCACGGGUCUGGCGGCUCGGACGCGGACUCUGAUUCGGGCGAUGAUGACGAGCCCUCGGGGAGAGGAGGAGGCGUCAAGCGGGAGAGAGCGGAGAUGGAGGCAGCGAUGGCUGGGCAGGAGGCGAGGUUAACCGCAGGGGGAUUCGGCGCGGUCCCGGGCGGAGUGGCCGGAGCGAAGCCGGGCAAGAAGACGCGGGGCCGCGUGAAGAUCAAGAUGGAGUUUAUAGACAACAAACUGCGGCGGUACACGACCUUUAGUAAGAGGAAGACCGGCAUCAUGAAGAAGGCAUACGAGCUCUCCACGCUCACAGGAACACAAGUUUUGCUCUUAGUGGCCAGCGAGACGGGUCACGUCUAUACGUUCGCCACACGCAAACUGCAGCCCAUGAUCACCAGCGAGACAGGAAAAGCUCUGAUCCAGACCUGUCUAAACUCUCCGGACUCUCCGCCGCGUUCGGAUCCGUCCACAGACCAGAGGAUGAGCGCCACGGGCUUUGAAGAAACGGACCUCACCUACCAGGUGUCAGAGUCAGAGAGUAUCGGUGAAACCAAGGACACACUAAAACCAGCGUUCACCGUGGCCAGCCUGCCCGGCACCAGCAGCUCUCAGACGACCGUACCCACCACAUCCACCAGCAUGCAGGUCACCAGCGGCCCCAGCUUCCCCAUCACUAACUACCUGGCACCCGUCUCUAACUCACCUAUCACAGGUGCCAACGGUUCGGUACUGAAGAGCGCAGGAGCGUCAGGAGGAGUCGUGCAGUUACCCGGUGGAUUUACCUUCAUGUCAGGCACUUCGUUUGCAUCUGGGGCUCCCAGCAUUCCUCUGGGUCAACUGCAGCAACAUUCACUCGCCCUCCAGAGUUCAGCGGGUCACACCGCCUCCAAUCAGAGCCAACAGACUGUGUUUCGCCUGCCUGCCACCGUUUCUCUCACCAGCGGUGCUUUACCCCAGCAGCUCCAGGCCAUCCAGGUUCAGCCCAGCACUCAGUCUGGAUCCAUCAGCACCAAUCACAGCGGCACAGACACCAGCACUGUGUCUACAGCAUCCAUCGUCACGUCAUCAGUGUCCACCUCUAUGACGGGUCACAUGAUGUAUCCCAGCCCACACACAGUCAUGUAUGCAUCAGCUCCUACACUUACAGACGGAGGUCUGACCGUCCUUAAUGCCUUUUCACAGAGCCCGUCUGCAAUGCAGGUGUCUCACAACCAGACUCAGGACACAGGUGCUGUUUCUCAGGUCUUUCUCACAGCGUCUCCUGGUACAGUUCAGAUUCCCGUCUCAGCGGUUCAGCUUCACCCAGUACGGCAAGAUCAGCAUUUCACAAAUGGUGAUUGGUCAACAGUCCAGCGGCAGCAGUAAACUGACUGAACUUCAGGUUGUCAAUCUAGAUGCCACACAGAACACCAAAAGCGACUGACAACAGAGACUCACUGUCUUAUUUAUAAAUGCCUUUCUAUUUUUCCUCAUACAACAAAUGUGUGUGUCUGUGUGUGAGUGUGCGCGUGUGUUUAAGGGCAGAUGUACACCAACUGUGUAAAUGAAUGAAUGCAGGUCAAAUCUGUGUUAGAAAAGUGUUGGAAGCCAGGCGGUGAUGCCAAACAUUUUUUAAAUUGCAUUUCACCUCUUAAACUCUGUGAACCCGGCCUCGAGUCAAAAAUCAUCCAAAUACAUUUUCAAAUGUCAGUGUUUAACUUUGAGCUUUAUAAAGAUGAUAACUGAGUCUCCACCUUGACAUUCAUGGGGAACUUUUAUUGUUGUGUUUGAAAAAUAUUGCACAGAGAGUAAGAGGUUAAAUCUGUGAGAUUUAGUGAUCUCGUAUGUAAGUUGUGUUAUGUUUGGCAUAAGGGACACUGGGUUAAUAUUCUGUUAAUUUAACUUUUAGUGAAAAAGACACAGAACAAUGUGUGUAAAUGUACAUAAUCUCUUUUUUAAUAUCUGAGGUUUGUGUGUGUGUGUGUGUGUGAUGACAUGUAGCUGUUUUUAUAGAUAUUUUUAUAUAUGUUGUUACUCUUUUGCUUGUAAAAUCAACAGUUUGACUCAGCAUGUAAAUGAAUGUAAUAUAAGCAUAUUAUAUUGAUUUAUACACAAUGUAAUGAUGAGAAAGAGAUGAUUUAAGAUUAAACUUUCUUCUUCUUU